UCUUGUGUGCAAUUCCAUUGUAAUUUAAAUAAAAAACAAGGGUCAGAAAACAAAUAGGCAAUAUAUUCAUCAUAUUUAAGAUUGCAUGAUAUCUCAUUUUGCAAAUGUUUUCUUGUACUUCAAGUGACUGGAUCCCAGGAAGAAACAUAAUAUGGCGCUGUUUAUGUGCUUGCGCUGUUUUGUCCAAUAUUUAACGCGUUACUUUCAGUUUUGUUUCUGCGUCAGAGUGUUUGGAAGGGAGAUACUGCACACAAAUCAGAAUGGACGAUUCACUCCGCUUCUUUCAAAUCAUUAAUAAUAUAUUUAUAUAUAGUAUAGUGACGGUGUGAGCUGAAAGGAUAUUGUUUUUGCAUUUGGAAACAAUUAAAGGUGUGUUUCAGAGAAGCACAGAACAUGGACGAACAGUCAGACACAGAUUCUAACAGUAAAUCUGGAUCAGAGUGGGAAGCAGACAGUACGGAGAGCAGCUCGGGGUCUGACUGGCUAGGCGAGAAUUGCAAAAGAAAGAAAGCACAACGAGGGCAAAAAAGGAAGAUGAAAACACGAAGCUGCAAAGAGAUAGGUCAAUCUUCCAUCUGUACAACAAACAAAAAGAGACAAACCAAAGACUCCAGCCAGUCGGUUGGACACACAAUUAAAGACAAAUCUCAACUUCCUAUUACAUGUGGGGAUAAAGAGGGUGUCCUAUACUUGGAUAAAUUUGAUAACGCGGAGAAGUGCAUCUUAAGUGAAGAGCAGUGGUUCAAGCCAACAGAGUUUGAGAAGUUUGGAGGGAAGGGAAAGAACAAAAAGUGGAAGAUCAGCAUUCUUUGCAAUGGUAUUCCAGUACAGAAACUCAUAGAGGAUGGAUUUCUCUUAUCCCCAAACUUUAAGAAAAGUAGGGUUCAGAAUGGACAGAGUAACUCUCCUGAAUCCUCAGUUGUCACUGGCAGGCUCAGAAGAAGAGAGUGCAGGACAGAAUUGUGGCCCUCCAACAGGUCAGAUGACCAAAGCUCUGAAUCAGAUGGGAUGGACAAAGUCCACUAUGAAGAUGAUAACCACAGUGAUGAAGAUGAGGAUGAUGAUGAUAAUGAUGUAGAUGAUGAUGAUGUAAUUGACAUGGCCAUAUUUGAAGGUCCCACCCUACCUGUUACCUGUGGUUCUGACUCUGGCAUUCUUCACAAGUAUCGUUUUGCCUUAGGGCAUUGUGGGAAAUGCAUAAGGACUGAGGACCUCUGGCUGACCCCUGAGGAUUUCAUCAGACUGAAAAAACCAGAAGGAACAUGGAGGAAAGAUAUUGUGUCCCAUGGAGUACCCCUUGGACAACUUAUAAUGAAAAGAGUUCUGAUACUCCACCUAAUCAACUGCGGAUGCGACAUCUGCCAAAAUCUGGAUCAAUAUGCGAAUGAUGAUGUGUGCUACAUGUGUAACUCUGAGGAAGAACUUGUGUGCUGUGAUGAGUGCCCAAGAGCUUUUCAUCCAGACUGUCACUUACCCACUGUAGACAACAAUUCACCUGGAAGCCAAUGGAGCUGUACAUUUUGUGUGAUGAAGAAAAUGGUCUCCAGUCAAAUGCCUCAACAGGAUUUUUUGAGCAGUCCAUUUUCUCAUUACAGACUGUACUGCCAGUAUUUGCUGUUAUACCUGCUGCAUGAGAGCACAACCGACCCCUUCACAAAAGUUCCAGGAUGCAGUGAGGACAUUUCUGGCCCACGGAUGCUUGGCAGAGCAAAGCUAAAUUUAAAGAAUAAUGAUUACCAGACAGUGGGCGACUUUGUUACAGAUAUUGAAGAUGUUUUCCAACAUUGCACCUCCAACAGGGUGUGGUCAAGAGACAUUUGCAAUACUACACUGAAACAGGAAGAUCAGAGAUCAACAUUGGCUGUGUGGGGAAGCAGAAACUGUCAGGAACUUCUUGAGAACACUGGUGAGUGUAUCUACGAAGUGUUGGAGUCUAUCGAAAAAAAUGGAAAGGAGCAUGUUAGAAGGUUUUGGAAAUGUGUGAAUCAGAAGCAUAUCUUAGAAACAUACCACCUGCUCUCCAAACUGACUGAAGAGCUGUGGAAUUCGCUUGAGGGACGUUCUUUGAGAAAUGCUGCAGAGCAAUCAAAGCCACGAGAUGCUGGAAAAAACAGAGAAGUUAAAAAGCGGAGGACAGAGAGCAACUGUGCGAGUAACCAAGCUGGACCAUCAUCACAAGACACUAACAGCCAGUGGAAGACAUCUGAACAUGUGAAUAGAGCUCUUGAUAGUCAUUUGUUGGGGAACACUGGAGAGAGAUCAAAGGAACAAAAUGCUGGAAAAGGAAGAUAUUCUAAAAAGAGGAGGACAGAGAGCAACUGUGAGAGUAACCAAGCUGGACCAUCAACGCAAAGCACUAACAGCCAGAGAAAGACAACUGAACAUGUGGAGAAAGAGGGACAAAAGAAUCUCUGGGACAUGCCUAAAUAUAAGCAAUGGCUUCCUGUCACAUGUGGGAAGGAAAAGGCCUCUCUGGACAGAAAUGCUCUGUUUGACAGAAAGCGGGAAUGCAUUAAACAUCGUGGAAUAAUAAUCACCCCGUAUGUAUUCGAGAAGCUGGGUGGGAAAGGAUCAUGCAAGAACUGGAAGACCAGCAUAUUAUGCCAAGGCAUAACCCUCAAUAAUCUAAUAGAGAGGGGCGAAUUGAAGAUACCACAAUGUGAGGGAAAGUUUACUCUUCGUAAAUGAUGUACUUCCAUAACACUGUCAUCCACAAUUUAUUCAUCAUUUCUAAAGCUUCACAAUUUUGACCUAAUGCAUGUUAAUAAUACAUUUGUGACUUUUUAAAAGAAUGUUUUAAUGGGUUUCCUUAAAGAUCUAAGUUAACUAUCUAGUUGCCAAGUCAAGAUUCAAGAUGUUUUCAUUUCCAUGGGAAAAAGCCAAAAGUGUUCAUAUUUAUACAUAAUAAAGGUAUCUGUUUUAUAAUGUUAUGUAAAGAAAUGUUUAUAAGCAUUGUGUGUCAGUGCAGCGUGUGUGAUCAUAACUUUUAAAACUCUACAUAACAGAGAGCAGUCUCAGCAGUAUCGUCAUGAUCUUUCCUCAUUCUUUAAAUUAAAACUGAAACUCACCUAUUAUAGUAGUGUUAUCAUGCCAAUUGUGGUCAUUGACUC